AUGAAACUAUCAUCAAGUUUACCAAUAUUUAGUUUGUUAUUAGUCAAGAAUUAUUUUAAUCCAAUCCUAGCUCAGCGAACAAUGACUACCUUAGCUGGAGUUUAUUCUAUGAUUAAAACAAGGACUGAAACUAUUGGAAACUUAACAAGUUUUGUUAAGGAAUUUUUCAGAGAUAAUCAUCCUUAUGAAGUUUGUGAAGUAAUAUCUCUUCCCAUCAAUGAUGGGAAUGAGCCAUAUUUAAAUUGGAUUGGAAGUAUUGUUCCAUCAUCAAAGAAAUAA